AUGAUUGCCGGUUCAAUAUCCAAUUCUAUAGAAACAAUGACAUGCCCAGAGUAAGGGCUGUUACUCUCUCUGCAACUUUUAAGCAAACUUGUAUGGUGUGCUGUAAAAAUAAUGGGAACCAAAAAGGAGUUUCUGCCAAACCACUGGUAAGCAUACAUUUUGAAUACAGACAUUUGCAUUGAUUUUGAAAUUAACAGUGCUUACAUCUACGUUACAUGUAAUGUGUGGAUUUAUUUCACAACAUUUUACAGCUGAACUUCCCACAAAGCAACACACUGAACAGUCCCUUUAGCCUUAGUAUGGGUUGACAACUGGGUCGGGUUCAGCAGUUGUUCAACAAAAAGCAAAAAUCCGUGUUCUCCUAUGAGACAAGAUCAGGAAGUACCUCCCCAUUUCACAGUUUCUCCCAAUUGAACACGACCCAGGUGUGAUUAUUACUGUACCCUUCAUACCAGCUGUUUGCACAAACACACUUCACACUGACAAGACAAAGGUAACCAAAAAACCCUCCCCUAUUUUCCCCCAGGAGCAAUCUUUGUCUGAGAAAGUUGGCUAGUCACAUGAGGCUAUGUUCUUCAUGGAACUCAUUCCUGGUUAAACUAAGUGCAGAUUUAAGUCAUCGCUGUCGGGUUGGUGGUACUUGAGCUUUGAGGCGGGACCAGAUGCAGAGCUCUUGAAGUUAGUCCUCAGGGAGGUGCCUGAUGAUGUUGUGGAUGAGAGGUGUUAUAUGGACUUACAAAAUCAUGGAAUA